AUGCCGGUGUUGUUGAAAGGUGAAACAAACAGUGUGUAUUCUACAGUUGACGUGGAAGCGUUAGUUCAUGAGGUCAGGGAACGAUUAUGUUUGAAAAACCGAGACAGGUUUUGUGCCCCGAACCGACGGGGCACCCCAUACGACUGCAGCCAUCGCUCCUCUGUGUUUCCAAGAUUUCACAAACAUUAUUCAUCGCCAGAUUCGUGCAGUUGUCACGGCAAACACAGACAGCAACGCUCUUGCAAUGCCUGUUCUUGUGACAAGAAACUUUCUGCAAAAAUAUUGGACAGUAAACACAUAGAAGACCCGCAUGUUUUGUUGGAGAAGUUGCUAUCAGAACAAUCGCUCAUACAGGAGGCUGUCCGCCGUUUACAAUCUCAGACGUCGCCAGAAUCAACUGCCAGAAAGUUCUUUCAUUUUGUCGAGGACGACGAUUCUUGCGAUCAGUUCAGCAAUCGAACACCCGGCUAUUCUGAAUCAGAAGACGAUUGUGUGUCGCAACAUUCGGUUGACCUAUGA